UGUUCACCCCCAGCAUCCGUAGAUCGACCCCUUCAGGUCCUUCUCAUCAUCGGAGACGUCAUUCCCUGCAUGCUUCCUCAACGAUAACCACCUCCGAUGGUAAUCUACCUCCCUCCGAUCACAACUGAGGAAUCGAUUCCCGAGGGGUGAGGCCUGCGCACAGGCCGUCCAACGCGCGCAGGUUCCACCAUCCCCAAUCCAAAGGAUCAGCUCCCCAAGUCACUCGACCAAAACAAAUCAGUCGAGCCAGCCAUGAAGUAACCACCGGGAGCUGUGUCCCCUCGCCCUUAGAACGCGAACUCAAUAUGAGUCCUGGACUGGGUCACGAUUCACUGGGAAGUCACAAUAACACAUUCGUUGCUACAGCUGGUCUAUGUCUAUGGCAACAGCCCCAGCACGUCCUGUUUCAACUGGCGAACUGUUGUUUCGCCCUGUCCUACUCAGCACCUUCAUCGAAGAAGGGAAUACUCUUCAUGCAUUCACUCCUCAUAAUCGGUUUUCUCCUGCUCUCCGGAUGGGCCUGGCACGUGAUCUGCGCUCCUGACAUCUUCUCCUGGAACUUCUCAUUCCUGCUGCUCAACAUCUGUCAGCUGGUCUACAUCGUUUACCAGAUGAGACCUGUGAGGUUCGAUCCGGAGCUGGAGGAGGUCUAUCACACUCUCUUCUUCCCCUUCAAGGUGUCGCGGAUGCAGUUUAAACGACUGGUGUCUCCGGAGUUCGCCACGAUAAUGUCACUCCACGCCGGGGAAGCCUAUGCAAUGCAAAACUUGACACGCACAGACAGGUUAGGCCUCUUGUUGAGUGGAAAAGUCAAUGUCCUGAGUGAGACCAAUUUCCUUCAUCCAAUACUGCCAUGUGAAUUCCUCGAUUCCCCGGAAUUCGAAAGCUCCCGGGCGUCGGUAGAUGAUAAGUUCAAAGUUUCGAUUGUCGCAGCAAGUUCAUGCAGAUAUUUGUACUGGCAGAGAUCAGCGCUGGAGUACCUCCUGGUGAAGGAGGCGUACCUGGCGACGGUGCUGACGACACUCGUUGCGAGGGACAUUGCAACCAAGUUAUACGCCAUGAACAGUAAGAUAGUCACGGAUAAGGGAUCGCACCUGGAUAUAAGAUUGCCGUCGAUAAGCGCUGGGAUCGGCGUCAGUUCGGAGUAUCGGAGUCCACGAGCCUCGCGACAGGCGCUGAUUCGGCGGAAGGAUGCCAAACAUGCCGCGAAUAAUGUAGGUGGAACUAAACCAAAGGAUCGUCCAGUGAAUAAUCUCACAAAAUUGGGCGCCCCAAACAUGGAACCACUACCAGAACUGCCAUCUUGCGAUGAUUUAGCAUCGAGUGGAGUCGAAAGCUGGCUCGACUCCUCCAGCAAAUACCACAGCUGUGAAAUCGUCGAUGAGGAGUGAAUCGAGAGGAUCAGGAAUACGAGAUAACAGUUUCAUUCACACUGUCUUCCUGAUUAUUUUUUUACACGAUUAUCCGUUGAACUUUGGAACAUCGCCGGGGUGCUGCACAUUUUUAAUGUUAAAUGCAGUCUUCUGCAUCUUUUGUCACUUCUGUCCGUUGAUCAAUGAUAUGUACAGAUUGUAGCUGGAUUUUAAAUUUGUACCACCACGAGCUCGCGUUGAGCUCGAUCCUUAGUUGAGAAUAUACACAAUUGUAUUAUUCCUGUUGUAAUAAACGUUUGAAUAAUAGACUGGAAUUAUUAUACUGGAGAUGAGGGGAGAGGAUUAUUUUAUUUUAUUUGAGUAGAACAGUCAAAGCAGAAUAAAGCUCACGUCUGAGUGUUUUUUUUAGAAAAAUGUUUGCUCGUUAAUUUUCCAAUUUGUUGUCACGCGAAAAUGGGCGUUAGAAAGUCGAUAAACAGUUAAAUCCUCACAUCAAUCGUCUCCUGAACCAAGUGCAAAUCGAGGUAAUGAAUAAAUCUCACUGAAGUACUCCACUUCACGAACACAACAGGAAGUUUCCGAAUUCCGUGGCAAAAUACAUGUC